AUGUGGAAAGAAGGAGCCUUGAUAGGCGCUGUGUGCUUCCGGUGCUACUUCAAAUACGGUCUGCUGGAGAUAGCAUUUCUUGCUGUAACGAGUGAUGAGCAAGUGAAGGGCUAUGGUACGCGGCUGAUGAAUCGACUGAAGGAGUUCAUCAAGCAGUGCAAUCCGCAUAUAGAGGCGGCCUCGCCAGAGUUUCGGCUGAUCACGCAUUUCAUAACGUAUGCGGAUAAUGCUGCUGUAGGGUAUUUUGCGAAACAGGGGUUCACCAAGCACGUCAAAGUUCCCAAGUACAUCUGGUCAGGGAUGAUCAAAUCGUACGAAGGUGCCCACAUGAUGUCGGUGGAGCUCGCCUUGGAUGUGAAUUAUCUCCGAGUGGCUGAUAUGCUCUCUGAAACUCGACAGAAGAUCUGGCAAGAUGCACUGUAG